AAUUUCACAAAACCAAGCACUUUUCUAAUACAAAACGGACGAACAUUGCAAAAUGAAGAUAUUGUGAGAUAAAUACACCAAAUAAGCUAAGCCACGGGCUAAGCUGUUUUCAUCACGUUUCUAUAGCCAUCGAUUCAUAUCGUUCCUGAACUAAAAAAGAAACUCAAUUGUCUAGCUAGUCUAUGGAAUAUUCCGAAAUUCUUUCUGUUCGACACGAGGUAUUUUCUUUAUUUUGAAUGUGUUUCGUGUUUUUUGUGGUCAGUCAGUACGCGAAUACUUUUCAGUAUUUACAAAACUAUAUCGUUGAAUAAAAUUUGAACAAAUUUGGGAUGCUGUAAAACAAAAGAUCAUGAAGUAACUAUUUCUAUGGGGAAAACUUAUCACAGGAUAUUGGAAUCCCACUACAAUGAAUGUUGGAGCAGUCGGAGGAGAGGUGGCUGGAGAGGUGACCCUCAUAGCAGAUGACCUGAGCCGUGCCGUGGAGUUGACCCUCAACCCCACAGUUGCACACGAGGCCCGCAACCAAGCCUAUAAUGCCUGUGAAAGCUUCAAAGAGAAUUCUCCAUGGUGUGCACAAGCUGGCCUGCUGUUGGCCAGCGGCAGCCAAUACUCGGCGGUUGUUAAACACUUCGGCCUGCAGCUCAUGGAACACACAGUCAAGUACAGGUGGACUCAGAUCACUCAGGCAGAAAAGAUAUUUAUCAAGGAAAAUGCUAUGAAACUGCUAUACAUGGGAGGAUGGGAGAUUGGCCACCUGAACGAUGCGUUAGCUCGCGUCAUCGUGGAGAUGAUCAAGCGCGAAUGGCCUCAACAGUGGCCCACUUUAUUGGCGGAGCUCAGCGACGCGUGCGCAAGAGGACAUGUGCACACGCAAAUUGUGCUGCAUGUCUUUCUGAGGCUUGUUGAGGAUGUUGCGACAUUACAGACCUUGGAGCAGCAUCAGCGUCGCAAGGACAUCUACCAAGCGCUGACCAGCAACAUGUCGGAGAUUUUUGCUUUCUUCAUGCGCCUCAUCGAGCUGCACGUGCAAGAGUUUCGCGAGAAGACAGCUGCAGGAGACUACAACGCCGCAGCCAGCAAUGGGCGAGUGGUGCAGGUCGUGCUGCUAACUCUGACUGGCUUCGUGGAAUGGGUGUCGACCAAUCACGUGGUUAUGAACAACGGGCGCCUGCUACAGAUUCUGUGCAUUUUAUUGCAAGACGAUGCAUUCCAGUUGCCGGCGGCCGAGUGUUUGUUGCAAGUCGUUAAUAGAAAGGGCUCCACAAAGGAGCGCAAACCGCUGAUGAUUUUGUUCAGCGAUGACGCAAUCGCGUGCAUCCACCGUGCGACGUUGGCCAGCAUCAAUGCGGUUGAUGAGCAGCAUUACUUGUUCCUGAAGAAACUGUCGCAGGUCCUCGCCGGUCUGUCCCAGCAGCUGACGUCACUAUGGGCGUACGCGACCAACUACGAGGGCUGGCUGCCGGUGCUGCUGGAGACGAUGCUGCUGCUGACGUCACACCCGUCGCUGACGCUCGCGCACACCGCCAACGCCGUGUGGCUGGCCUUCCUCAAGCACGAGCACAUCGCGCGCCUGCCUCACGUGCUCGCCGUCGUGCCGCGCUGGCUGCACGCCUCCGCGCCCAAAGUGCUCAAGGUGACGUACCCUACGUCUCGGGUGAGCGGCGUGAACGACGCAGUCGCGUACGCGUGUAUGGACUACGACAGUGAACAAGAGUUUGCCAUAUUCUUCAGUCGGUGUCGCACCGAAAUAUUAGAUAGCUUUAGAUACUGCAUGUCGACAGCCCCUCUCGUGACGUGGGCGUACGUCGAACAGUGGACGCGCGCGGCGCUCGACAAGGUGGAGUCGUGCCCGCCGCACGUUGACGUCACGCACCCGCUGCACGUCGAGUGGGAGGCGCUGUCGCAGGUGUUAGAUGUGGUCCUAUCGCGACUGCUUCAAGCGGAGCCCCGUCCAAACGUGGUGGAGGGCCUGCAGCUGCUGCAGCGCUGCGUGGUGUGCUCGCCGCGCGCGCCGCCCAUCCUGUCGCUGCUGCUGUCGCUCAUCUCGGCGCUGUUCGUGUUCCUGAGCUGCGCCUACAGCCAGCUGGCGGGCCCAGGCGUGGGUGUAGCAGGUGCGGACUUGCUGCCGCGCGUGCUGGACAAAAUAUUUGCGGCGCUGGUGUACGAGGGCGCGCCGCCCGCCGACCGCC